GUGUCGCGAACCCCCUACUCGACUCUCUUAUCUUUCUCCUCCGCCGCUUCGAUAUCUUCCCUUCUCUUCGGCGUUUGGGAUUGGGAUUUUCGUUUUAUGUUGGUUCUUUUCUUGAAUUAUAGGCAAAUGGGGACCGUAACAGGACGACUGGCGUCACCGCAGGCGGAGGAGCGGUGAACACAUGGGGCGCGCCGCGAGGUGGAUCCGGGGGCUCCUGGGCGGGAAGAAGGCGAACCCAGGCGAGCACUCGGCGGGGAUCAAGGAGAAGAGGAGGUGGGGCUUCGGGAAGUCGUCCCGGGAGAAGGAGCGGCAGCUUUCGCCGCUGCGGAGGGGCGACCACCCUCGGCCGCCGUCUCCGGCGCCGUCCGAGGAGAGGAAGGGGUCGUACAGGGAGCUUAUGAGGCCGUGCGGCACGGCCGCGCUGGUGGUGGACGAGGAGGAGCAGAGCAAGCGGGCCAUCGCGGUGGCUGCGGCGACCGCGGCGGUGGCAGAGGCCGCGGUGGCCGCGGCGCAGGCUGCUGCCGUGGUGGUGAGGCUGACGAGCAGCGGGCGGACCGUGGUGGGCCUCGUGGGCGGGAAACGGGAGGAGUCGGCGGCCGUAAAGAUCCAGUCUACUUUCCGGGGUUACCUGGCAAGGAGAGCACUGAGAGCGUUAAGGGGGCUGGUGAAGCUCCAGGCACUGGUCAGAGGCAACAUUGUUAGGAAACAGGCUGCAGAGACUCUGCGAUGCAUGCAAGCACUGGUGAGAGUGCAGGCUCGAGCCCGGGCAUGCCGAGCCUUGCGCUCGGAGAGGGACGGGUCUGAGAAAGGCAACCGAAUGCGUGCUGGUCCUCCUACUCCAGAGAAAUAUGAGCAAGCGGUUCGAUCGAGUGCCACGAAAUCUGAUGGGUCUUGUGCUCUCAAGAGGAAUUCCUCAAAGCAUGCUGGAGCAGAUGACAGACCCGAUACUGCUGCAUGGAACUGGCUGGAUCGGUGGGUGGAGGAGAGGUGCUGGGACGGUCGAGAAGCUGCAAGGAAGACAGGAAGCUUUGCAUCGAUCGACGAUGAGAAGAAUGCUAAGAUCCUGGAAGUAGAUCCAGGAAAGCCACAGUUCAGUCACAAGAGGAGUAACCAUCAUCAGUACUCAUGCUCCACCUUGACCUCGGAUUACAACAGCCGGAGUUUCACCACCGUGCAGGAUUCACCAUCAAAGGAUUCUACGGCUGCCCAACAAUCCAUUCCCAGCCCAUCCUCCGUCAACAUGCAGCAGCAAUGUCUGAGCUCCCUGCGGUUCCCGCUCCAGGUAGUGGGCUUCUGCGGAAGCCCGCAGUACUACUCAUCGUCGUCACGGCGUGGCAGCGCAACCAAAGGCCCCUUCACGCCCUCGAAUGGCGAGGGCUCUCAGAGCUUGUUCAGUGGAUUCGCAGACUUCCCCAACUACAUGGCGAACACGCAGUCUUCGACGGCGAAACUGAGGUCGCAUAGCGCACCGAAGCAGAGGCCGGAGUAUGAGAAGUCUGGAUCACUGAAGAGGUCCUCAGGGGCAGUAGCAGCUCAGAAGUCGUCGUCUCUGCAUGCCAAGUUCACCAACAAGGCUUAUCCUGGCUCAGGCAGGUUGGAUAGAUUAGGGAUGCCUCUUAGGAUUUGAUGCUGUUGAGCAGAAUGUGCAAUUUGGUGUUCUUCCAUGUUAUGUCGUAAAUUUCCUUGUUUUUGUUCAGCUCUUUUGUCUUGUAAGGAAAUUUGAAGAUCAUGUUGGCUUUCUCUUGACUACUACUGUUCCUGUUUAAUGAAAGCAAUCUGUGCCAUGGCGAGAA